GGCAGGCAGACAGCAGUGGCAGCCGAGGCGCCGCCUAUUUAACAUGGGCAGAAAGUUUGCGCGUCGUCAGUACUGGUCAUGAUAUCGCGGCGCGUUGUUGUUGUUGUUGCUGCUGUUGCUGCUGUCGCUGGCGUGCUUUCCGCUGCAGCUGUCGAGCUAUUAUAAUAAUAAUUGUCGAGCGCGAGAGACGCUUAAAACCUAUUUACGGGGCAGGAUGACGACGGCCAAGACCAAGGCACCGUUGUCAUCGGCCAGUGCUAAAACCUUGACGAACAUGUGGUGCUUUUUAGUUGUAAUAUCGUUGAUCGUCGUGUCGUCCGAUGCUGACAGCGGCAGCUUCAUCGACGAUCAUCAUCGCCACUGCAGUCAUCGACAUCCACGUGCACACGAGGUCGUUCACGGUGUUCACGUAGAACCAGCCCACAUAGUAAAAAAGCGUAGUAUCAACCAGCAGCUACGGAUCCUACUUCACUACGACGACAGUGUUUACAGAUUGGACGACCGUAAAUUCGAGCUGAUUAACAACACAAUUCUGCCCGAAGCUGUACAUUUUUGGGAGCGAGCUCUAAUGGUACGGGAAACAAGAGGAACCAUACGUCUGAACCGAAAAUGCGAGAGCACCCAAGUGUUCGUGAAGGACAACCUCACCCACUGCAUCGACACUUGCAAAUCUGAGACUAUGUGCGGGGAGGUCGUCGUACCCGAGGAACAUCUCGACGCUUGCCGAAUUUGCAACAAAGCCGGAUUGAACUGUCGCGUGGAACCGGGCAGCGUACCGGGUAGCGGCAUCGACGGCGCCGACUUCGUCUUUUACGUCUCGGCAAUGUCGACCGAACGCUGCAAGAAAGGCCUGACCGUGGCUUACGCCGCUCACUGCCAGCAAGAGGCCGCACUCGAUCGGCCCAUAGCCGGACACGCCAAUCUCUGUCCCGAGAGCAUAAGCACCAAAUCGCAGGAGCUGGAGACUCUGCUGAGCACGGUGAAGCACGAGAUUCUUCACGCUCUUGGCUUUUCCGUGAGCCUGUACGCGUUCUAUCGGGACGACAAGGGUGAGCCGCGUACCAGAAGAACCGAGACCGGCAAGCCGCCUCUCAACAAAACGCUGCAAACGCACCAAUGGAGCGAGUCGACGAUCCGCACGGUGAUCAGGCACAGUUGGCAGGUGCACGGGGGCAGCGUGAGGCGCGAGAUGCAGAUGGUCGUGACGCCGCGGGUGACGGCCGAGGUGCGCGCCCACUUCGGCUGCCAGGACCUGGAGGGCGCCGAGCUCGAGGACCAAGGCGAGGACGGCACCGCCCUCACCCACUGGGAGAAGCGGGUCUUCGAGAACGAGGCCAUGACCGGCACCCACACCCAGAACCCCGUCUACUCGCGCAUCACCCUGGCCCUCAUGGAGGACACGGGCUGGUACAGCGCCAAUUACUCCAUGGCCCAGGAGCUCGGCUGGGGCCGCGGCUUGGGCUGCGACUUCGCCAUGAAGUCCUGCAAGGAGUGGAUCGUUACCAAAACCGCCAAAUCCUCGAAAGAUUACGAUAACGAUCCGCGCAAAUCCAUCCAUCCGUUCUGCAACAAAGUGAAACGGGACCCGCUGCAGACCGAGUGCACCGACGAUCGCAGCUCGGUGGCGCUCUGCAAUCUCGUGGAGCAUCCGACCCCUUUGCCGAAACAAUAUCAGAAUUUCGAUAGAAUACCGAACGUGCCUCGGGGUAAAGAGGAGUACUACGGUGGCUCGGUCUCCUUGGCCGAUUACUGCCCUUAUAAUCAAGAAUUUACAUGGCGUGCCAAUAACACCAUUGUCCGCGGCUCACACUGCCUUUACGAGGAUAAUAAUCCGCAUUCUAAAAAAAAUUUCGCCUUGGAAAAGUACGGGUCAAAUUCGCGAUGCUUCGACCACACGAACCAAAUGUGGGAGGAGCGCACCUGUAAGCAGGUGAGGCAGUGGCAGCACUGGGGCUCCGGCUGCUACAGGUACAAAUGCGAGGCUGGACGAUUGCAUAUCAUGGUCACGAAUUACACGUACACGUGUUACCACGCGGGACAGGAGAUCGCCAUCAGGAUAAUGCAGAACGAGUGGCUACAUAAGGGCGCGCUCAUAUGUCCACCUUGCCGUGACCUCUGCCAGGAGGAAUUCGCUCUUCGUGGCGAGCAUUGCAAGCCCGGUGACGAGCACCCGCCGGCCACCUUUUACCAUCGAGACAAGCUCGACUGCAAUAACGCGGCCCGCAGCAAAGCUCCCAGUCUGGCCUUUCUUUUCGUCGUGCUCCUUCCUGCCUUGUUUCAUCUCAGGUGAUUUUGACACAUAGACAGGCUGUCGCUGCUCUCCUUUUUCUUGGAAUUACGGAUUCAAGAGCAAAGAUCGAUACUUUCCCACUGAAUGACUGCCUGACCAUGAAGAAUGUGCGAAUAGAACGAUAGUUGAUCAUUUUAAUUUCUGUGUGAAAUCGUCGUUCAAGUACGAGUCCUCUCGCUGUUCCAAUUUACAAGAGAUAUUGUGAUUAUUUUCUUAAUUAUAGUCCAGAGAGUCGCACUGUUUUACCGACUGAACUUAGCUGAUUUCGUAGGGUAUUUUCAUUAUCAGCGAUACUGUGCGCGUCUCAGUUAUUGAUAUUGAGCUACGCUUUGCCGGCAUUUUGUAAAAAUAUUCGAAUAAUUUUUCUUAUCCAUACAUGAAUGUGCUUCAAAGACUACUUUCGUGUCAAGAUGAACCUAUAAACAGUAUUGAAUCGCAUUCCAAUCGAAUGAAAUUUUUUAAAUGGUUCCCAGUUAUACAUUGCUGAUAUUUUUUAAAGGUUGAACAUAUUUGUGUCAGUACCAUUGCGUCUCUUUAUUUACUAUUAAACAUUCCUCAUAUCUUAAGGAUUAAGAAUUUAUAAUAAUUUAAUAAUGUAACUUUUAGAUAUCAUAUUUCGAGUUCUUGUUAUGCAUUAUUAUGUAUUGACGAGAUUUUUAAGGAAUGAUAAUGCGUUAGAUUGUUGCCAUUCAACUUUUAAUUAUAUAACUUGCAACUAAAUAAAUGAUUAAGUUGAACUAGACUUUCAUAUUAGCUAUAUCAAAUAAUGUUACAAUUUCAGAGGAAUUUUUUAUAAAUUAAAAUUAAUUAAGGUGCGUUUAAGUAAUGUUUUCUUUUU